AUGGGCAAUAAAAGAAUAAUUAGAAAAAGAAUAAUAAAAUCUUGCAAAUUUUGCUAUAUUCAUAAAAUUAAAUGCGAUAGGCAGUUGCCUUGUUCCAAUUGUGCUACUAAGGUUGAUGUUGAUCCAUGCAAAUAUGGAUUUGAUAAAGAUGAUUUAAUUGCUGAAAGUGAUAAUGAAUCCAAUUACUCUGAUUAUAAUAAUACUAAAAUUAAGAAAUUAAAAGGAUCUAUUAAAAAGGAGAUAGUAUUCAAACCUAAAUACUAUAAUCCUUUUUUUUCAACAUUAAUCAAUAAUACUUUGUUAUCGAUUGAAUCCUUUGAUGAGUUAAUUGAUAAACAAAACUUCCAAAGAAAUGUUGUAGUCAAUUUCGAUAGAUUUAAGCCUUAUAAACUUAAGUACGAUGAAAUCAUUGAUUUAAUUCCAAAUAAUAAGGAUGAUGCUGAAUUUAAAUUACGACGGUUUUAUGAGUCGAUAAACCCCAUUAUUCCUAUUGUCUCAAGGGUAUGUAUAACCAAAAUAGUAAAUGAAAUAUAUCUGAAUCGAAAAGAUAAUAAAGAAGUUAAUCCAUCGAGUUUGAUACUAUUGAUUGCCAUGUUUUUUUGUGAACUAUUUGCUGAUGUUGCUGCCAAAUUGAAAAGUGAUAUCUCAACAUGUAAUAAAUAUUUUUCAGCCUUUAGAUUUCUUCUAGAUGUCAUUAACUUUCCAAUGAAGUCAUCGAUGGAAUGCAUUCAAGCAUGUGUUUUGGUGAAUUUUGUCAUUGAUCCAAAUAUGAUUCAUUUUACAGGUUAUUCAACAAUGUUAAUCAGAUUAGCUCAGCAGAAUGGUAUAAACAAGAUAGCAAAAGAAAUGAAGUAUCAAAACGAUUCGAUUAAAAUAUUAUGGAACUUUCUUUUAUAUAUAGAAGGUUCAUCUUCUGUAACCUUCGGAUUACCAUUCUUUUCUUCAUGUGAGCUGUUAGAUUUUGCUCCCUUAACAAUCACAGAUAUUGCGAAUAACAACUCUGAAUAUCCUUUGGAAUACACUUAUGGUAGAUUCAUCAUAAAUAGAAUAUUUAAAGAUCUGAUGAAAAUAAUUUCCUUGAACUCCGUCUCUAAGCAGCAUUUGUCACUAAUUAAAAGAAAAAUAGAUGGAUUAUACAAUGAAAUCAAUUUCUUGAAUCUUAAUAUAAGAUCCAAAUACCCUGUUCAUCCAGAAUAUUUUACUAGCACAUUAUUUAUAUUCCUCUACAGAUUACAUCUCCGAUAUAUAGCUCUUUACACUUUAAGAGCUCAAAAUGAUGAAAUUAUUGAACCAUUAAAUAAUGGUCAGUUAGCAUUAAAUAUGGAACACCUGUUAGAGUCUGAAGCAAUUUUUAAUGAUGAGGUCAUUACUUUAUCAUUACUAUUGUUAUUGCAUACUAUGAAAAGAUUAGUACAGAAGGAUAUUGAGAAAUUUGUAUGGUACACUAGAGGUUCUACUAUUAUGCAAUACUUGUUUAUUGUCUUGAAGGAUAUAUAUCAAAAGCCUCAGAAACCAUAUAUGCUCUCUAAUUUUCCUGAAAUUACUAGGGAAAUAAUGGAUCAGGAUUUGAAGGUAAUUAUUGAUACAGAUCCCAUUUUGUUUAAAUACGUGCUAGUGGAAGAUAUUCUGAAAUUAGUGGAAAUGCAGUUGGUGUCACUUUGGAGUAAUGAUGAUUUAUAUAAAUUUAUCAUAAUUAAAUCAGUAAAGGAAGAGGUUUGGAAAAAGCAUGAAUCUUUUUUGAUGCAUUCAAAAAAGGAAUUGGAGAGUAUAAGAGAAUGUAACAUGUUUGCAUCUUGUAAUAAAUAUUUGAACCUGGAUAAAGAUAUAGAAUUAUUAGAUUCAAUGGAUCACCUGAAAGAAAACGUCACUAGUACCGAGAUAUCUAAAAUUCUUCAAGAAUGGGUUUCUGAAUUUAACGAUAGGCGACAGGAUAGUUAA